AUGUAAGCGUCAUUCUGCCUCUACGCGGUAACAGCAUCAGUCUAUCUAAAUGUUUUAUUCUGUUUUCCCGUGGACACGUACUCUCCCCGUCAUAUCCCAGGACACAGCUCUGCCUGGCGCGGCGGAGCGGUGCGGCAGCUGUGCGGCUGGAGGAGGAUCGAGGAUGGCACAGCGUUGGACGGUCCCUGAAAAGCUCCUCGGUGGUCCAUAAAGAUUUUAAUUAGCCGACUACAAACAUUUGACCCGUGGAUGCUGGAGUAAGCAUGACGGCUCACCAUUAGGAUCAUGAAAAGGAAGAACUGGUUUGAGGAGCUCUGAUCAGAUUGGCUCUCAGGCCACCUGCUGGUUGAUCAGGAAAUAGCAGGGCCAGAGUGAAGACAGUGAGAGUGAACCAUGUCUAUUGCCAGUAACAGCCCUGAGAGAGAAGGCUCCAUGGCUCAGCUGGAGUGUCCCUCUUCCCCUCCGGGCAUGGAUCCUGAUCCUUCCACAGGCAGUCCAGUGCUCAGUCCAGACUCAUCUUCCCAUGAUGCCGUGCUCUCAGCUCCUGCUGUGUCUCCUGCAGACUCUGAGAAUCUCAGUCCAGACGAGCUAGAAUUACUGGCCAAAUUGGAGGAGCAAAACAGGUUGUUAGAAGCUGACUCCAAAUCCAUGCGGUCCAUGAGUGGCUCACGGCGCAACAGUGGCUCCUCCCUUGUGUCCAGCUCCUCGGCCUCCUCAAACCUGUCCCACUUGGAGGAGGACACCUGGAUCCUGUGGGGACGCAUAGUCAACGAGUGGGAGGAGUGGAGACGCAAAAAAGACAAACUCCUAAAGGAGCUGAUCAGGAAGGGCAUCCCUCACCAUUUCCGUGCCAUCGUGUGGCAGCUGCUGGGUAAUGCCACAGACAUGCCAGUGAAGAACCAGUAUUCUGAACUGUUGAAGAUGUCGUCUCCGUGUGAGAAACUGAUCCGCAGAGACAUUGCCCGCACAUAUCCAGAGCACGAGUUCUUCAAAGGCCAGGACAGUCUGGGUCAGGAGGUCCUCUUCAAUGUCAUGAAGGCUUACUCCCUUGUGGAUCGAGAGGUGGGCUAUUGUCAAGGCAGUGCAUUCAUUGUAGGGCUGUUGCUAAUGCAAAUGCCUGAGGAAGAAGCCUUCUGUGUGUUUGUGCGUCUGAUGCAAGAGUAUCGCCUGAGAGAGCUGUUCAAACCCAGCAUGGCUGAACUGGGCCUCUGCAUCUACCAGUUUGAAUAUCUUCUUCAGGAGCAGCUCCCAGAACUGAACAUACACUUUAAGUCCCAGAGUUUUCACACAUCCAUGUACGCCUCGUCCUGGUUUCUCACCCUUUUCCUCACCUUCCUCCCUCUUCCUGUUGCAACACGCAUCUUUGAUAUUUUUAUGUAUGAGGGCCUGGAAAUUAUUUUCCGUGUUGGCCUGGCCAUUCUACAGUACAACCAGACUGACCUCAUUCAGCUGGACAUGGAGGGCAUGUCACAGCAUUUCCAAAAAGUGAUCCCCCACCAGUUUGACAGCUGCCCCGACAAGCUAAUCCUCAGGGCCUACCAGGUCAAAUACAACCCCAAGAGGAUGAAGAAGCUGGAGAAAGAAUAUACCACAAUAAAGAACAAAGAAAUGGAGGAACAGAUUGAGAUAAAGCGGUUGCGCACAGAAAACCGACUCCUGAAGCAGAGAAUCGAGACAUUAGAAAAGGGUCAGGUGACACGAGCCCAGGAGGCUGAGGAGAACUACGUGAUCAAACGGGAGUUGGCGGUGGUACGGCAGCAAUGCACCACCGCCACAGAGAACCUGGAGAAAGCACAGGACACCAUCAGAGAGCUGAUGCAACAGAAGUACACAGAGGAAUUUGUGAACAACUUGCAGACACAGCUGGAGCAAUCUCGACUACGUGAGGCUGAACUUUUGGGAGCUCUGAAGGAGAUGCAAGACAAAAUCCUUGACCUGGAGAAGAAGAACAGCUGUCUGCCUGAUGAGAACAACAUGGCCGCUCUGCAAGAGGAGGUGAAGCAGAUGAAACUGAGAGAGCUGGAGACUCUGAGUUCAUUCAGAGAAAUGCAGGACACAGUCACUGAACUGAACCAGCGCUGGCAGCACCACAUGUCUCGUGGAAGCAGCCACUGGAAAGAGUCCCCAAAGAAGAACGCCAUGAACGAGCUCCAAGACAAACUGAUGACGGUGCGUCUGAGAGAGGCUCAGGCCCAGGCCGAGCUCCGGGAGGUCAAACUCAAGGUGCUGCAGCUGGAGAGCCAGACUCAGAUCCACGGCAAACAGAUCGGUCGUCAUGAGCAGGAGCGCUCGGCCCUCCAGGACCGGCUCCAGAUGGUGUCCAAUCAGAACAAAGCUCUUCAGACACACUCAGAGAUGAAGAGAAAACAGGCAGAAUCAGAUUGCAAGAGUAAAGAGGAAGUGAUGGCGGUGAGGCUGAGAGAGGCAGACAGCAUGGCUGCCAUGGCUGAGCUCAGGCAGAAGAUUGCAGAACUCGAGAUACAGAAAGAAGAAGGUCUGAUUCAGGGUCAGCUCAACCACUCUGAUUCCAGACAGUACAUCAACCAGCUCCGGGACCAGAUCACUGAACUCAAAAAUGAGAUUCGAAUAUUGCGCGGGCAGAAGACGACCACUGGCUCCCGGAUCAGCAGUGGCAGCGGGACCACCAACUACCAGGACCUGACCAGCCCCACGUCUGCAGAGGGGGACUACCUGAGCUCGGACGAUGACCUCCUGCCCAGCCCCCUGCCCCCCAACGCCCUGUACCCCUCUCUGUCAGGGCAGUGUCACCCAUCGGGCACCCUGGACAGCGAGGGCAGCACUGACAGUGAGGUGGAGGAGCGGACUCAACCCAAUCCUCAGCAGAUCUAUGGCACCAUGGUGUGUGCAGAGACCAUGGAUGGAGUCAAUUAAAGGGCCAUAUUACGCUGUUUCUGAUCUGUUAUAAUGUUGUUUCCUCAUCACAAACAUAUCCAGAGAGUUGUGUUUUGUUUUAUUGACACUCAAACAGAAAACACUUGUGAUAUCAUGUGGUAAUAGAGAAAGGGCUCCAAUGUGUUUUUAAACUCCAUACACUUUCACUAGAGUGAUUUGGAUGAUUUCAGUCCAUAAAUUUCCGAUCUCUACUGAACUAAAGGUAAAGGGUAGCUGUAACUUGAAAACUACCACUACGUGAUAUCACAAGGUAGAACGGAGCAUUUUGAGCUUUAGAGGUGUAGACAGACUAAUAAUAAAGGGUUACUUAAAUGUGUGAAUGAAACAAAACUCCAGGUAUGUUUUUGAUGAGGUAACAUUAUAACACAGCUUAAAGUUCACAAGAAUCCAUUUAGUGUAAUAUAGGACCUUUAAUACAACAGACUGUUAUUGCAGCUGUUGGAUUCUGUGAUGACUUUCUAUUUUGUGGUAUUGUGUGGACUACAAGAGCCACAAGCCACCCCUGUGUUUCUGUCCUUGCCACCCACCAUCCAAAAAUGCUCUUUAGAAGAAAACAUAUCCGACUUUAGCUGCUGAUCAUUGCAUUUCAUCAAGCUCCAGACCUGAAUCUGUGAUGAGGAGGUUAAUAUCAACAAGGACGAAAAAAACUGAUAAAAAGAACUAUGUAUGGCAAACCUUAACUCAUUUGACUAUUUUUGAACCUUUUCAUUCACACUCUUCAUCACUGCCUUCAGAAAAAAGAAACAAAACAAAAAAAUCUCCAUUUCCACAACAACCAAAAGAAAAACUAUUCAUCAAGAUCAUCAAGAUGUCCAGUAAUGAUGAUUUCAAUUUGAACAGUGAUCGAAACUGAGAUGUGUUGUGAGAAACCACAUUUUAAUCAACAUGGACUAAAAGAAGAAGCAAAUUGUUGCCAAAUUAGUUUUUAUUGUUUCACUUAUAUGUUGUAAUUAAUUUUGAUAUGUUUAAUAUUAAUUUGUACAGGAUUACAGAAGUGUACAGAUUUUCAUUUGAUUUUUACAUUUUGACCCAUCAUUGUUUGUGCCAACUCGAGCCCUGUUUACUGGGCCAGUGGAUAAGAGAUAGGAGACAUGCUGCUAUGGUGUUACUACUGUAUAUUACAUGUCAAAAUGCAUACAUCAACAAAACUUGUUUACAGGUAAAUUUUAAGUCUUAAACUACUGAAAAAAAUCGUAUUGAAAGCAUUAAACGUGUCUAAGUUAAAGAUAUAGAAAAACGUUUUAAAAUGUUUUUUCAAAUUUUGUUUAUUUGCAAAAUGUAAGUUUGUUUAUUGUAAACCCAAAACACUAGAGAACACUCGUAUAAUAUAAGUAUUGAUUAAUUAAUUAAAAUUGUUAAAUUGUGCAGGUUGCCCCGUGGAAGUUAAAGUCAAUUUAUCAUAAAGGUAUAUUAAGUUACCAGAGAAAUCAAGGAAGUUUCCAUGAAAUAUGUCUGAAAGUAUUCACAUAUCAUACAAUACUAUAUUAUCAUGACAAAACGUUUAACAGAUAUAUGGCUUCUGUUGUGACUGGGAUGUGAUGUAGUAAUAUAUUUCUAAGACACUGUUACUGAUGAUGGUGUUAUUCAACUAACAGGGUGUUGUUCUACUGAGUGGCCAGUACUGCGCUUUGCACUACAGAGAAUCGACUUUUGUCAUUUAGCAUCAGGGCGGACUUUGCAGAUUACACUUGGAUAUCAGUCUGCGCCAUAUUGGUUCUUUGAAACUGUAAUGGGAAGAGAGGGUUAUUAAUGAAAAACCGGAAAUCUGAAAUUUUCCAAAAAACAGGGUUAAUACAGAUAUUUGGGCAGUUAAUGCAUGUGGGCCUGUCACGAUAAAUACUAUAUCAACUUAUUGUUCAAUACAUUGAAGCUGGAACUAUAUAUUAUGGGGUUCAGCAUUAUCGUUUGUGCAAUUUCUUUAUAAUAGUUGGGACAUUUGUGGUAUUUUUGUUGUAACAAAUUUACAUUUGAGCUGUAAAACUUUGAGUAAGUGACUACUUCUAUUCUUAUUGACCAAUAAUAGUACAUUAUAUGUUGCAGCUCAGGCCUUUUAAUGAUACUUUCUAUUUAAAAAUGGUUUACUGGGAUUAUCCUGCUUUGUGUCAGUGGAAUAAAGUAGUUUCAAAAUGAUAAUUUAUCACAGUAUAUAUCUGUACCAGUACAGUACAAUAUAUUGUGCAUCAAACUUUGUUAUUGUGACAGGCCUGGCUGCGUGUUUCCUUUGGAGUUUACAUUAGCCCUAGACAUUUACAUUAACAACUAGAACCAAUACGGCGACAGGUGACAAAAACUGAUACUACAGAGAAUACUAUGAGUCUCUAAAACCAUGUCACUUAUUCAUAUCCUAAAGUUUGUCUGAAAGAGAAGAAGAAAGAGGGGAACUGGAUUUGUCUUUUCCUGUAAUGAGUGAGCUCAACAGGAUGUAACGUUCUGUUGCAAAUAACCUUUCAUGAAAUCAUAACACUCAAAUCUCAGCUCGCACGAAGGCUUUCUAGCUUCAUUUACACACAUCAAUGCAUUGUUAUUGUAUUCAAAGCAUUUUCAGGUACAUGCAGAUCUUAUGAAUCAAAAUCAACUAAUUAGUUCUUUUGUUUUUUUGUUUGUUUGUUUGUUUGUUUUUUUUUCGAAUUUGACACUGUUGUUCAGUUAUGGUGCUCUACUCCCUCCCCUGUCUAGAGGAUCUGCGUGUACAUCCAUUUAAAUACAAUACUGGGUCUAUGAUUUUACCAACGCUACUACAUGAUGUGCCAUAGAACUAGAUUUUUACAGUGUUUGGUGAGGGUUUGACGGCAGAGGCACACAGUUCCUCAUCAUCAGACUAAAUAACCAGAUCAUUGUUUUAUCUUGAGCUAAUGUUGUCAAAGUCAUUAUAUUAAAUUACAUGAAAGAUUAUAUUAAUUCCAGUACGAUAGGGGAAGUACAUGUCAGUGUUCUGUAUCCUAUGAAUGAUACAAAAUAAACUUUGCAUUGCACCUUUGCAAA